AUGGGCGGGAAAUUGGUUUCGGGUACACUAAAGGGUUAUGACCAAUUGAUGAAUUUAGUCCUUGAUGAUACGAUUGAGUAUUUGAAAGAUGCAGAUGCUGAUAUUGCAACAUCAACUGUCAAGGAUAAGACGAGAGAAUUAGGAUUUACAGUUAUUAGAGGUCCAAUGUUGAUCUCUUUGAGUCCAUUAGAUGGCUCCGAAGUCAUCUAUAUUCAAAAUUCAGAGUAA